AUGGAGCGGGCCCAGCCAAGCCGGGUGAAGCCAACACCGGCAGGCAGGGUGGGAGGGAGGGAGGGGUGGGGGCUGGAGGAGGCGCCCCGAGCCCCUCAGCCCCUCAGCCCCUCCGAGCAGCUGCUGGGCUCAGCGGGCUCGCCCCCCGAUGUGCGGCCCUCCAUAAUCAAUCAUGGAGGGCCGGGCCCGGGGGGGGCGGGCCGACCUGUCAGCCAGCUCCAAGGGCAGGGACAGCUGCUGUUCCGGAGGGUUCCCAGGGGCCAGCCCCACCAGACAGCGGCCUCGGCCCCCCUUCCCCGAGGGGCACCCCCACGGAGGGCCCAGAACGGAGGGACUCGGGGCCCAGAGGCCAGGGCAAGAGUGAAGGCAGCGCCGGUGGGAGCGGCGGUCAGCGGGGUCCAGGCUUCAGUUCCCAAGGAGCCCCAUGCCCUGAGCCCGCACUGGGCCCUGUGCAGCCUGUGGGUGCCGCCGAGGCCCGCCACCCAGCCCCCCACCAGCCUGGGGUCGAAGGAGGGAGGGGGUGGCCUGACGGAUGGUAACAGCUGCUCCCCCCACCUCGCCGGCGUGGACAGGGCUCGCUUCUCCUGCCCGAGCCCCCGGCUGCCCCAUCCGUCACGGCCCACCCAGGACUGCUCUGCCAGGAAUGUCCAUCUGUCCGGGCCGGGUUACCUGGCUCAGAGCGUGGGUACCAGCUCAUCCAGCCCUGACGCCUGCUCUCGGGAACAGUGGAUGGGCCAGGCGCCCCCGUCACACCCCGCAGCUGGGCUCCACAGACGGGCCCGGGAUGGCCACGGAGAAACAUUCACGGGUCUCACGAGUCCCGGCGGUGGGUGUCGCGGCAGCCAGCCCCGGCUGGACAGACGAGGCUCGGGCCCUGCUGCCCACCUGCCGGCCGCAGCCCUGACAGCCAAGGGGGAUCUCACCCCCCAGCCUCUGGUUGUCAUUAGCUGCUCCCGGGCGGGAGGGUUUCCCGGCCUGGACAGCCUGCCCAAGGGCACAUGGGCAUCCGUCCGGGGACAUUCAGGCAGUGACCAAUCCCAGGCCACCCAGGCUGCGCCCUGCGUCGUGGGCCAUUUCCCAGCCGGCCAGAGAUGGAGCAGCCACUGCGGGUCCCCGAGUCUCGGUGAGACAGUCAAGGAUGGACCUUGGAUGGAGACCGGCCACCAACCCGGAGACCACCCUCGGCCGGAGCCCAGCACGGCCACCGUCACGUCUCGGUCGUCCAGCUUGGGACAGGUCAGUUCCCAGAUGUCCAGGCUGGAGCUGGUCCUUGAAGAUCCUGGGGUCCAGCCCGCACAGGAGGGCCAGGGCUUCUUCUUGGCCCCGAGGGACAAGGUCCCCUUCGUCCGGGGGGUACGGCCCCUGGACCCCUGUCCCCCGCACCCCACCCUCCGCCUGGGUGGCCGCGAGGAGGCCCUCGCCUCCGGCCACGGGGGCUCCAUCCUCCCGAGCCCGACAGGCCUCCGCCUGGUGGUCCGACCUCUUCCCCAAGGCCCCGCCCAUCCUCCUCGCGCUCCCCCAAACCCUGCCUCUUUCCCCAGCGCCCUCGUCCCCACGGAAGACCCUCCACCCGGCACACGGGGGCCCCACCAGGCCUCACAGAACCCCAGUGGGACUGCACCCAGGGCCCACAGAAGUGCGGGGGCACUGGGGGUCCAGAAACAACCCCACAACCAGGCCAAGGUGGCCAAGGCCUUACUCGAGCGGGGCUGCCCGUCCCAAGAGACUCUGGCCAGUCGUCCGGAUCCAGCUUCCCGGGGCCGGGCCGCCCGCUGGGCUCCAGGCGGUUCUGGGGGGCCCUCCCCCGGGGGUUCGCCCUCCGCUCUCAGCAGCAGGAAGAGGAGCGCGGCCAGCGGAUGGGGAGAAGAGGGCGCCCUGGCCAUCUUGCUCCCCCUGGGACUUGAGGAGGGUCUCGGGCCGGGCAGGCGGGACCGGGAGCCACAGAGACCCUGGAGGAGGCAGCAUGGCGGGGAGGUGACCGGGGAAGAGGGCCGUGUCCCAGGCUCACAGCCCGGCCUGGCCGCCCGGCCCUCGGGAGGCGUGCCGCUGACCGCCUGGCCGGGAGGUCCGGGGGCCGUGCAGACCCGGCCCGCUGGAGGGGGCCUGGCCGCAGCCGGGCCCAGGAAGAGGCUCGCGUGGCCGGAAUCCGUAACUGCGUUUGGGGAGGGGGAGGCGCUGGCCUGGGCCUUGGGCGCGCCGCUCUUGGGGGACGCGGUGCAUGCACAUUUGUGCUUCCAGGCCUGGGUCCAUGGGGGCACCGUGUCCCACCCAAGGCCCGGGGCCGGGUCCUCACCAGCUGUCAGCCCCGGGGGCUGGCUGCGCUGGAGGCUCUGGAUGGCUCUGUGUGGCCCGGGAGCCAGCCUGGCUGGGGGCGAGUUCGUGCUGGACUGGUGUGCGGACAAAACCUCUCUAGGGGGCCCCUGA